CUCUGUCCCUCACCUCCAAUACUUGCCACUGAGCUCGUGACAACGCCAUGUCUCACUUGGGCCCUCUGAUGCUUGCUCGCUACGGUCUCUCGAUGAACACAAUUGCUUACUCCUAAAAUCCCUAAUUCCUAGGGUUUACUCUUGUUGUUCUACAUACUUUCAUGUACCACUAUCAUACUCCAGGCUUGCUUAGAAUUUGCAAUACCACGCUUAGAAUCAUGAAACCAUCGAGUCACAGGGACAUCUCAACUUCUGAACGAAAAAAACAUUAUUGUUUGCUGCAUUGCAUAUACCAUUACAGUUCUUGAUUGAGUUUUGGACUUGCGUAAUUCCAUCAUCAGGGGAAGAUGAUACCCACACAGCCAGCUCGUGCUCACUGUGUUUGACCGCCAGCUCGUGCUCUACUGCGACGAGUACCGAUGCCCACACAAGUAUGACCUGCGUGCCCCCCAUGACCUUGCACGGGUGUUAUGUGCGUGAGCGCGCGCGCUUGCUACAAUGUUGGGUGCGGUGGUGUGCUGCAAACUUGCGAUGGGGGCGGCCAGGUCUGGCAGCACCGCCGUGUCGACGAUGAAGGUGGCCUUGAACAAGAUCAGUACGGUGCCGAUGGAGGCCCUCGCCGCCGGCGCCGAUGUGUCCAUGAUUGGGCAGUUUGGUGUUGGCUUCUACUCCGCCUACCCUGUUGCCGAGAGGGUCGUCGUCACCAUGAAGCACAACAACGACGGGCAGUACGUGUGGGAGUCCCAGGCCGGUAGCUCCUUCACCGUCACUCGUGAUACGUUUGGGGAGCAGCUCGGCAGGGGUACCAAGAUGGUCCUCUACCUCAAGGACGACUAGGUAUGCAGUCCAAUCCUCCUAUACUGUGAUGGCUUACUCUUCAUGUCUUGAUGUGGUUCUCUGCUUAGUGUAGCUGUAUUAGACUCACUAUGAGAUGUCCACUCUUGUUUUGUUAAAAAACAUGAACUGUUAAGUCAUCUAUUCAUGGUCAUUGCUUUUGUUCAGUAUAUAUGUGUGCUUUCUGAUUUGUAUGCGUAGGUGGUUAUAGGUUGCUGUGAUGAAUAUAAAUAUUAACAAGUGCUCAUGCACGCCGGUAUACUAGAGCUAGUUGUAUGUGCUCAUUACCUUCCUGUUGUCACUUUGUCAGCAUCAAUCCAAUCCAACCCAGCCCAAUGAAUCUAACCUGCUCGUUUAGUUCUCGCCAUCGGUGGUAGCCAACAACUAACCGAUCUUAGCUACUGCCGGCUGUUUGGCAUCCUAUGUAUUUUUUGCUGCUAGUCUCAGAAAUAAUGCAUAAAUGGCAUCAAAACUGCUUCAUGCUAUCUCUCGGGCAAAGUAGAUGCUAGUUUGGUGACUAUCUGUACAUCAUCAGGUCUACUUGAUGCAAGUCUCUAUUUUUUGUUUAUUCUAUUUUUUG